CCCAUAGAUCUCCCAAAUCUCCAGCAUCUCUUCCAUUGAACCAAGACCUCCACACCACCAAGUACCACAGUAGCCCACUUCGCAUACUCACCGUCGACGACUUCUUGCGUAUGAGACAAAGCAAAUCGCCAUUUUGUACACAGUGCCCAACCUCCUGCCUUUCAGAUUGGCAGAUUAUUACCAGGGAGCUCUUAAAUACGGGAAGGGCACACCUCCAAUAGCGUUUAAGCACGACGCAGGCACCGUAGGUGAUAAUCUCGGACUUCUAAACAAUUUCCAUCGCCACGCAAUAGUAAUCGACGACCUUGACAGUCCAAUUUUGUUCACAGAUGAGAAUAAACCUUCUGGGAGUCAUCGUUGGAAGAAGGGUACACAGCUGUUUGGCCAACUAAAUUCGGUACAUCUCAUUAUUUUGCCCAUCAAAUUCCGGCUGUCAAGAACGAGAAUAGGUUUUCUCGAAUUUCAACCGCAUCUAAACGUGCCUCGUGAGAACACCAUGUUCCGCUUUCUAUGGAGCCCUUAAACAUACAGGUUUGGACAUAGCCUCUACAUUUCCGUUCUUUACUCUCCUAUUCGAGCUUCAUACUUUGUAAUUCUGGGUCUUGCUUUCCCAGCCAGGUGAUGUUCCCCUAGUGAGUUCUUCCAAGGCCACCACAGUUGGCCAACAGUUGGGGUAAAACAAAAUGCUCGAUGGAAUCAAGCGGAAAGGCAGACCUUUAUUGCAGCCUGCGAGACUGCCAUUGCCGAACACAAAACAUGGCUGGGAAAUGUGGUGGCGCUAUUCAACUCGGUGUUCGGACAUAGUUGGACUAAACAAAAACUCCGCAACCAUUGGGAUGCAUUGCGUCGAGAGCAUAGAAGUCUGUCGGAGCUGCUUAAUAGCAGCGGGGUUGCAUACGAUGAUUCGAUUGGUAGAAUUGUUGCCUCCGAGGAGUGGUGGUCACAAAAAUUUAAGGAGAACAAGGAGUACAAGAACUUCAAGGAUCGAGACGUGAGCGACAUUUACAUUCAAUAUCGUUUGCUAUUCGAGGACAGUUACAACAGCGAAAAGUACGUAGUUACCCCCAACAAAGCUGUGCAGAACUGGAUUCGAAUGUUUUGAGGACAGUGCUCUUGAAGACCACAGAGAUGCAAUCCCUAUCGAGGGUGAGGGCAGCAGUUCAAAUGACGAGGGCGAUGGGAACGGUAGCAAAAGCAUGAGCAUGUCGAGGCCCAAAAGUGGCGAUAAAAUGAAGUCGUCAACGUUGAAGCAGCAUAGGAAGAAAAAAGCAUGUUUUGGCUCGUGAACUGUCCUUCUUGGUCGAUCGGGCGAACAGUGCCACUGAGGUUGUAACGGCAAAGAUUAAUAGCAUCAUUGAUCCGACGGACAAUGCUAGAGCUGCAUGAGUAGAGGAAUUGCUUUCGACCGGUCGGCUACAAAGGCGGACGCCAAUGUACUUCUACGCUUGCACUCUCCUAGCACAAAUAAGAUUUCGAGACAUGCUCAGUGUCAUGCAAGAUGCCGAUGAGAAGUUCGAAUGGAUCGAGUGGCAGUUCAGCGAACGUAAUAGAUCACUGCAUUAGCUUGUUUCGGUAUGCGUUGGCUUGACUGUAUGUUGCCCUUUGUAUGCUUCAUGAGUUCGUGUUGUAAUAUUUGAAUUGUGUUGUUUUUUUCCUUGAUUGCCAGUAUGCGUGACAUACUCUAGGUUUGCAUGCCGCCUAGUGUUGGAAACGUUUAUUUUGUGCUACUGUGUUUGUUUUUAAUAACAUGU